AUGGAGAAACCAUCCCAAUUUUCGUUGGAGAGAUCCGGAGCAGAGGCAACAACAACAGCCACCAGCGAUGCAACCGCCGCAGCAGCAAAACUACCGUCCUCCACAUCAAAGGAGCAAGGCAAAUCACUUGAGGAGAUGAUGGCGGAUUUGAUAGGCAACCAACAAUUUUUGCAAGGUAAUGUUCAACAGCUUCAACAAUCUCAAGCCGAGCAGAAGGUGCAAAUCGAGGGACUAACUCGUCAGAUGUCUCAACUCGCCACAUCCAUGAAUCAACUUAAAGGACAUAUUGGAGCCUUACCAUCUCAAGUUCAUGUGAAUCCCAAGGAGAAUGUCAACAAGAUCACAUUGAGGAGCGCGAACAGAGGUUCGACAGUUGAGCAGAAGGGCAAGGGAACAGCACUUGAGUCCACCGAGGAGGAGCAAACCAAGGUCUCCAAACCUUCGAGCCUACCUGAUCCUAAGGUUGCAAUAUCAGUUCCCUUCCCAGGACGAUUGGCGAAGAAGAAGCCGGAGGAGAAGCUCAUCAAUUUUGUGAAGAUCUUCGGCAAACUUGAAGUGAAUCUUCCCUUCCUUCAAGCAUUGAAAAUUCCUCCAUUUGGGAAAUUUUUGAAGGACUUCAUCGCUGGAAAGUCUAAGAAAUCUGGAAAAAUUUUGGUAGAUACUAAAGUUGUGAUUCAAUUAGCCGAUGGAUCAUGUGUGCACCCUGAAGGUUUGCUUGAAAAUGUCCUUGUGAAAGUGAAUAAUUUUGUUUAUCCUGCUGAUUUCUAUGUGGUGAAAAUGAGUGGUAUGCAGUCGAAGGAGUCAGCUGGUGUUCUUCCCCAUGCUGUUAAAGCUGUUUGUGCCACUAAUGUUACUGACCCUUUUGUCCAAGAACAUCUUGAGACUAAAUCUGUGCAGGACAAAUUUCUUCAUGUUGACUCGAAACUCGCAGGUUCUGGACAUACGGACUGUUUGCCCAAACGGAAGCCACGCGACAGAAGUCUGCAUUUUGAUGUGGAACUACCCGACUUAAAAGAUAAGUGUGUGGAUGAGCUUCGUCUUGAAGCUUAUGAUGCUGCGAUGUGGUAUAAGGAUCACACCAAGAUGUGGCACGACAAGAACUUUCAAGGAAAGACAUUUACAGUCGGCCAAAAGGUACUUUUGUUCCAGUCAAAGCUGCGGUUGAUGACCGGAAAAUUGAAGACGAAGUGGAUUGGCCCCUUCGUGAUACAGUCUGUUUGCCCAGACGGGGCGUUUGAGAUUCGCAGUUUAGACACGGCUAAGAUAUUCACCGUGAACAGACAACGUUUGAAGCCGUACUAUGAUGCCUCUUCUUUGGUUCCAGCGGAGUCUGUUUCGCUGCUGCUUUCGGGCACGUUUUGA